AUGGAAGAACAGCUUAUAUCGAAGGCCGUUCGUGAAGGCGUACCAUGGGACCAGCUGCCGAAACGAGCGAAGCUCUUUCUAGGCUCGAACGAAGAAUACAUUAGACGCAUCAAGGAGCAUUGCUUCCAGCUGCGGCUGCGCUGGCCCGACAGUCCCGCGCGCCUCGUGUGUCGCGAGCUGGACUAUUACAACGAGCUCAUCGCCCAUGGCAGGAAGACUCAAGCCCCAUUCCCGUACCACCUGGCGGACUACAUCUGCCGUGUGCUGCGCAUCUCCCCCUUCCGCUACUACAGCGACCUGCUGCUCGACGUCAUGAAGCAAGAGAAGUCAUACGACACGAUUCCCAACUUCACAGCAGCGGACGCGCUGAGGGAGACGGGCAUCGGGCGCAACCAGUUCAUUGACAUCAUGAACCGCGCCCGCGCCAAGCUGAUGUGGAGGGUGAACCGCGGCAUAGUGAAGGACAUGCUGCCGCUGGAGCCAGUGCCCUUCCCCAUCCAGCCCUGGUGGCUCGUCUGCGUCGUCAACCUCACUGCUGACGAGUACAGGAGGCUAACGGAGGAUGAGUUGAGUGUGAUAGAGCGGGGGGGGCACGAGGGCGACUGCAUGGCGGGCGAGUUUGAUGACGACCUCGUGCGCUCGCUGCACUGCAAGGGACUCGUGUACCUCGACGUGCCCGUCUACCCCAAUGAUCGCUUCCGCGUGUCAUCGCUGGAGGGCUUUGUGUCCAACAGGAACCAGCAGGGCGAGGACGCUUCUGAGAAGCUGCUCUACUCGCUGUUCGUCACAGCAAGCGAGCAGGCCACGGUGCACGAGAUGGCACUCACCCUACAAGCCGACGUGCGGCAACUAGGAGCCGCCAUCUCCCUCGCAUGCCGCCUCGGGUGGGCGGAGAAGGUGCUGGACCUGCACUCGCUGCUCGACCACAUCGACAUGGGGGGGGAUGGGGACGCCGGCGAAGGGGGCGUGGGUGGCGAGGGGUUUGGUGCUGGAGACGGGGGGUUGGGUGCGGGGAUGGGGGGAGGGGAGGGGGGGGUGGAGGGAGCGGGAGGUGGGCAGGUGGUGGGGUGGAAGAAGGUGGAGUCGGUGGGGUGGGGGGAGAGUGGGGGGGCGGAUCGGUUGAGGAUAGCGCUCAUGGUGGACGCCAACCUCACGUCCUUCCUCAUGAUGGGCUCCUUUUCGUAUGAGCUAAAGCAGCAUGCAGUGACUCUGUUUGAGGCAGGCAAGCUGUCAGAACGGAGUGUGGCGGAGCUAUGCGGUGAGCUGAGAGCGGUGGAGAAGACACAGCUGGAGGGCGAGCUGCAGAAGUUCACGGACCACGCCUUCAGCCUCAGAUACGCCCUCUCCUGCCUCCGCACCGGCACCAUCGAUAUCACCUCCGCCCUCCACACCCCCCGCCCUACCUCUGCCGCCGCCGCCACUGCAGCAGCUAUAGCACCGCCCCAUCCUCCCCCUCGCUCUUCGCCCUCCAGUCAGCCUAGUGCCGCCAGUGAACCCCCAGGCGCUUCGGACUCUGCACAGGGGGUGGCUGUGGGGGCUGCAGCAGCAGAUGCAUCUGCCCCAGAUGACACCUGGUCCACGCGCAGUGUGGCCGACUCUGCCUCUACUGUCGACCCCUCCGACCUCCCCCUGCCCCUCCCCUCCCACCUCGUCGCCUCCUCCUCCUCCCAGUCCCUUCCUGAUUCUGUCACGGCAUCGCAACCCUCCUCCUCACAUGCCGACUCCUCUACCGUACCUGAUGGUGUUUCAGGGAGCAGCGCGGCAGGCUUGGAGGGGUCCCGGCUGCAGGAGAAACCGUUACACCCGCGAGCUGCGUCGUACCCGGCACUGGCAGCAGCAGAAGCAGGCGACGAUGACGGCUCCUCCUCCCCUGCCGCCCCUCCCCCUCCCGCCACUGCCACACCACCACCGCUACCACCAUCAUCGUCAUCAUCAUCAGCAGCAGCAGCAGCAGCAGCAGCAGCAGCAGCAGUGGCCUCGCGAGCCACAUUCAACCGGGUAGAGGUCCUACGCACAGAGAGCCUACAAGGCCUGGCGCCUGCCACACUGCACCGCCUACUGCGCAGGGACUUUGACCUUGUCGUCUCCAUCGUGCCCCUCCCCAAGCCCCUCAACGCCGUAGUCCCUGACGGCUCCGGCCCCGCCCACUUCGGCCCGCCCGCCCCCGCCUUCCUCUCCCCCUGGGCGAAGCUGUUCCUCUACGCGAAAACUGCCUCUGGGCCGGUGUCUGUGGUGCUUAUGCGGGGGCUGAGGCUCAGGCUGCUGCCCCCGCCGCUGGUGACGUGUGACAAGGCACUGGUGUGGACUUGGGAUGGCAUGGGGGUCGGGGGAGUGGGGGCGAAGAGUGAAGGGUCGCUGGUGCCUGGGACGGUGCUGCUGCAUGUGGUGAACAGCCUGCUUAGGCACUCUGCUGUCAUGGUUCAGCCUCUGGCCGCCCCACCUGCCCCUGCUCCUGGUUUCUCCCGCACUGGGUCGAACUCAGCAGCGAGAGCAGGAGGGGGAGGGGAGGGAGGGUUGUGGGGUGGGGAUGGGGCAGUGGAGGGGGUGGGGGAGGGCGUGGGGUGUCUUACUGAGGAGGGGGAGCCGGAUAUUGCCACUGUUGCUCUCCCUCUGCCCCCUCGCUCUCGAUCAGACACCAGUGAGGCACAAGCAGCAGAGAAGGGGGCGGUAGUGCGGGGGGCAGCAGAGGAUGGGGCCGUCCUGCAGCAGCAGAAGCCGCAGGGCGGGGGGAGAACACUGGGCAGGACGAGGCUGGGAAAUGCUGGGGCGGAUGGGGAUGGGGCGGGUGGUGGGGCAGGAGGGGACGAGGGGAGCAGGAGCGAGGGAGGUGAGGGCGGAGUGGUGAGUGAUAGCACUGGUGGUGCUGGCUCAGGGGCAGUGGAGCAGGGAGCAGGGCAGCAGCAGUGGGAGGAGGAUGAGUCACCAAUUGUGGCGGCAGCCAGGCGAGCAGCAGAGGUGCUGGCUGUGGAUGCUGUGGGGUUCGUUCGAGUCAUCCGAACAGAGGCAGGCGAGGAGGAGGAGGAGGAGGAGGAGGAGGAGGAGGAGGAGGAGGAGGAGGAGGAGGAGGAGGAGGAGGAGGAGGAGGAGGAGGAGGAGGAGGAGGAGGAGGAGGAGGAAGAGGGGGGUGCUGCUGGCACUGGCACGGCCAGUGGGGAAGGGAGGUUGAGAAUAGACGUCAGUGAUGGAGGCGGGGGAGCAGCAGGCACCGGGGGACUCCCACAAAAGCAGCAGCAGCGGCGGGGGCAGCGGGGGCAGUGGGUGGCACACAGCGUGGAGUUUGGCAUUCCUCUGUUCGACACGCAGCUGUGCUGCCAGGUGUGCGACGCCGUGGUCUCUCACAGCAUGCUCACCCCGCCGCAGCUCGCCUCACAGCGCCGCUCCACCCUCUCUCUGCGCUCUGCUCUCCGGGAAUUCAUUUCUGACUAUCGCCAGCACGGCCCUGUCUCCCGGGCUGUCUACACCGGGAAUGUGGCUCUCCUGCGAUCGACUUCCCGCCGUUGGUCUGCUUCGUUUGCAGCCUGUGCUGCUGCUGCUUCCCCAUUUUCCGUGCUGCUGCCGAGACGGACUGACCCCUAUGCACAAUCAAAUCUCGAUCCAAGCUACACGUCGGAGGAGGAAGAGGACGACCUCAGCCGCCCGGCAUACCCCGGAGUGAAUAUGAUCUUUGAUGGUCACCUGCUUCUGCCCAUCGAUCUCUCGACCUAUCUGCACGGACGGCAAGCGUCGACUCUUGUGGCCCGUGCAACCUCAGUGUCUCAACAGUCUAUCAUGUGCGUCGAGUCGAAGAUAGCGCUGCGCGCGUCGUGUGACCGCGUGGAAAGCGGAAGAGCUGGUCGGGGUGCAGACUAUGCUCGCAUCGCUGCGGCAGUACCUCGCUGCCGCUCCGGUAAUCGCGGCGCCGUGAGUCGACGUGCGGGAUCGGGGGAUGGCGCGGGGAGUGGUGCGGCGGAGACCAGCCGGGGAGGCGGAUCGUAUUUGGAGGGGGCGGCACUUUCCGCCUACUCCGCGGACGCGCUGGGCGUGGAGAUGGCGGCGAUCGCGCUGCCGGCGCUGCUGGCGCUCGCCGCCGAACCCGUCGCGUCGCUCGUUGAUACGUUCUACAUCGGGCAGAUGGGCGCGGAGGAGCUGGGGGGGGUGGGGGUGGCGGUGGCGGUGGUGGGAGUGGUGUCUAAGGUACUCAACGUGCCGCUGCUCAACAUCACCACCUCCUUCGUCGCUCAGGACCAACACCUCCUCACGCACUCUCCGCACCACCAGCCACACGCCUCGGGUUCAGUACCCUCCGCUUCCUCCGCCCCCUCCGCUUCCUCCGCCCCCUCCGCGGCGUCCAAGCCCGUGGUGCCGGCGGUGUCAGCGGCGCUGCUAAUGGCCGUGGCGCUCGGCGCAUUGGAGGCGCUGCUGCUGGCGCUCGCAGCAGCGCCGCUGCUGGGGGUGAUGGGCGUGGGGCCCUUGUCGCCCAUGCACGCGGCGGCGCUGCAGUACCUGCAGGUGAGGGCGGUGGGGUCGCCCGCGGUGGUGCUGUUCCUCACGGCGCAGGGCGUCUUCCGCGGCCUCAAAGACACUCGCACGCCCCUCGCUGCCUCCGGUGAGCCCCUCGCUGCCUCCGGUGAGCCCCUCGCUGCCUCCGGUGAGCCCCUCGCUGCCUCCGGUGAGCCCCUCGCUGCCUCCGGUGAGCCCCUCGCUGCCUCCGGUGAGCCCCUCGCUGCCUCCGGUGAGCCCCUCGCUGCCUCCGGUGAGCCCCUCGCUGCCUCCGGUGAGCCCCUCGCUGCCUCCGGUGAGCCCCUCGCUGCCUCCGGUGAGCCCCUCGCUGCCUCCGGUGAGCCCCUCGCUGCCUCCGUGAGCGGCAACGUGGUGAACAUCCUGCUGGACCCGUUGCUCAUCUUCUCCUGCGGGCUGGGCGUGUCAGGCGCUGCAGCGGCCACGGUGGCAGCACAGUACGGCAUGGCGGGGUGGCUGCUGCUGCAACUCAGCAGCACAGUGCAGCUCAUCCCGCCCUCGCUCUCCCUCCUCUCCUUCCACCGCUUCGUCAAGUCCGCCCAUCUGCAUCAGCGCAUCAGCAUCAGCAUCAGCAUCAGCGCAUCACCAACGCGCGCGCCUGGACCAACGCGCGCGCCUGGACCAACGCGCGCGCCUGGACCAACGCGCGCGCCUGGACCAACGCGCGCGCCUGGACCAACGCGCGCGCCUGGACCAGGUCGCGCGCCUGGACCAACGCGCGCCUGGACCAGGUCGCGCGCCUGGACCAGGUCGCGCGCCUGGACCAACGCGCGCGCCUGGACCAACGCGCGCGCCUGGACCAACGCGCGCGCCUGGACCAGGUCGCGCGCCUGGACCAACGCGCGCGCCUGGACCAACGCGCGCGCCUGGACCAACGCGCGCGCCUGGACCAACGCGCGCGCCUGGACCAACGCGCGCGCCUGGACCAACGCGCGCGCCUGGACCAGGUCGCGCGCCUGGACCAACGCGCGCGCCUGGACCAGGUCGCGCGCCUGGACCAACGCGCGCGCCUGGACCAACGCGCGCGCCUGGACCAACGCGCGCGCCUGGACCAACGCGCGCGCCUGGACCAGGUCGCGCGCCUGGACCAACGCGCGCGCCUGGACCAACGCGCGCGCCUGGACCAACGCGCGCGCCUGGACCAACGCGCGCGCCUGGACCAACGCGCGCGCCUGGACCAACGCGCGCGCCUGGACCAACGCGCGCGCCUGGACCAACGCGCGCGCCUGGACCAACGCGCGCGCCUGGACCAACGCGCGCGCCUGGACCAACGCGCGCGCCUGGACCAACGCGCGCGCCUCGACCAGGUCGCGCGCCUCGACCAGCGCGCGCGCCUGGACCAACGCGCGCGCCUGGACCAACGCGCGCGCCUGGACCAACGCGCGCGCCUGGACCAACGCGCGCGCCUGGACCAACGCGCGCGCCUGGACCAACGCGCGCGCCUGGACCAACGCGCGCGCCUGGACCAACGCGCGCGCCUGGACCAACGCGCGCGCCUGGACCAACGCGCGCGCCUGGACCAACGCGCGCGCCUGGACCAACGCGCGCGCCUGGACCAACGCGCGCGCCUGGACCAACGCGCGCGCCUGGACCAACGCGCGCGCCUGGACCAACGCGCGCGCCUGGACCAACUCGCGCGCCUGGUCCAACGCGCGCGCCUGGACCAACGCGCGCGCAUGGACCAACGCGCGCGCCUGGACCAACGCGCGCGCCUGGACCAACGCGCGCGCCUGGACCAGGUCGCGCGCCUCGACCAACGCGCGCGCCUGGACCAACGCGCGCGCCUGGACCAACGCGCGCGCCUGGACCAACGCGCGCGCCUGGACCAACGCGCGCGCCUGGACCAACGCGCGCGCCUGGACCAACGCGCGCGCCUGGACCAGGUCGCGCGCCUGGACCAACGCGCGCGCCUGGACCAACGCGCGGGCCUGGACCAACGCGCGCGCCUGGACCAACGCGCGCGCCUGGACCAACGCGCGCCCCUGGACCAACGCGCGCGCCUGGACCAACGCGCGCGCCUGGACCAACGCGCGCGCCUGGACCAACGCGCGCGCCUGGACCAACGCGCGCGCCUGGACCAGGUCGCGCGCCUGGACCAACGCGCGCGCCUGGACCAACGCGCGCGCCUGGACCAACGCGCGCGCCUGGACCAACGCGCGCGCCUGGACCAACGCGCGCGUCAGGACCAACGCGCGCGCCUGGACCAACGCGCGCGCCUGGACCAACGCGCGCGCCUGGACCAGGUCGCGCGCCUGGACCAACGCGCGCGCCUGGACCAACGCGCGGGCCUGGACCAACGCGCGCGCCUGGACCAACGCGCGCGCCUGGACCAACGCGCGCGCCUGGACCAACGCGCGCGCCUGGACCAACGCGCGCGCCUGGACCAACGCGCGCGCCUGGACCAACGCGCGCGCCUGGACCAGGUCGCGCGCCUGGACCAACGCGCGCGCCUGGACCAACGCGCGCGCCUGGACCAACGCGCGCGCCUGGACCAACGCGCGCGCCUGGACCAACGCGCGCGCCUGGACCAACGCGCGCGCCUGGACCAACGCGCGCGCCUCGACCAGGUCGCGCGCCUCGACCAACGCGCGCGCCUCGACCAACGCGCGCGCCUCGACCAACGCGCGCGCCUGGACCAACGCGCGCGCGCCUGGACCAACGCGUGCUCCUGGACCAACGCGCGCGCCUGGACCAACGCGCGCGCCUGGACCAAUGCGCGCGCCUGGACCAACGCGCGCGCCUGGACCAACGCGCGCGCCUGGACCAACGCGCGCGCCUGGACCAACGCGCGCGCCUGGACCAACGCGCGCGCGUGGACCGACGCGCGCGCCUGGACCGACGCGCGCGCCUGGACCAGGUCGCGCGCCUGGACCAGGUCGCGCGCCUGGACCAGGUCGCGCGCGCCUGGACCAACGCGCGCGCCUGGACCAACGCGCGCGCCUGGACCAACGCGCGCGCCUGGACCAACGCGCGCGCCUGGACCAACGCGCGCGCCUCGACCAGGUCGCGCGCCUCGACCAACGCGCGCGCCUGGACCAACGCGCGCGCCUGGACCAACGCGCGCGCCUGGACCAACGCGCGCGCGCCUGGACCAACGCGCGCGCCUGGACCAACGCGCGCGCCUGGACCAACGCGCGCGCCUGGACCAACGCGCGCGCCUGGACCAACGCGCGCGCCUGGACCAACGCGCGCGCCUGGACCAGGUCGCGCGCUUGGAGCAGGUCGCGCGCCUGGACCAACGCGCGCGCCUGGACCAACGCGCGCGCCUGGACCAAGUCGCGCGCCUGGACCAACGCGCGCGCCUGGACCAACGCGCGCGCCUGGACCAACGCGCGCGCCUGGACCAACGCGCGCGCCUGGACCAACGCGCGCGCCUGGACCAACGCGCGCGCCUACACCAACGCGCGCGCCUACACCAACGCGCGCGCCUGGACCAACGCGCGCGCCUGGACCAACGCGCGCGCCUGGACCAAUGCGCGCGCCUCGACCAGGUCGCGCGCCUCGACCAACGCGCGCGCCUCGACCAACGCGCGCGCCUGGACCAACGCGCGCGCCUGGACCAACGCGCGCCGCCUGGACCAACGCGCGCGCCUGGACCAACGCGCGCGCCUGGACCAACGCGCGCCGCCUGGACCAACGCGCGCCGCCUGGACCAACGCGCGCCGCCUGGACCAACGCGCGCGCCUGGACCAACGCGCGCGCCUGGACCAACGCGCGUGCCUGGACCAACGCGCGCGCCUGGACCAUCGCGCGCGCCUGGACCAACGCGCGCGCCUGGACCAACGCGCGCGCCUGGACCAACGCGCGCGCCUGGACCAACGCGCGCGCCUGGACCAUCGCGCGCGCCUGGACCAACGCGCGCGCCUGGACCAACGCGCGCGCGCCUGGACCAACGCGCGCGCGUGGACCAACGCGCGCGCGUGGACCAACGCGCGCGCCUGGACCAACGCGCGCGCCUGGACCAACGCCUGCGCGCGCCUGGACCAGGUCGCGCGCGCCUGGACCAACGCGCGCGCCUGGACCAGGUCGCGCGCCUGGACCAAUGCGCGCGCCUGGACCAACGCGCGCGCCUGGACCAACGCGCGCGCCUGGACCAACGAGCGCGCCUGGACCAACGCGCGCGCCUGGACCAACGCGCGCGCCUGGACCAACGCGCGCGCCUGGACCAACGCGCGCGCCUGGACCAGGUCGCGCGCCUGGACCAACGCGCGCGCCUGGACCAACGCGCGCGCCUGGACCAACGCGCGCGCCUGGACCAACGCGCGCGCCUGGACCAACGCGCGCGCCUGGACCAACGCGCGCGCCUGGACCAGGUCGCGCGCCUGGACCAACGCGCGCGCCUGGACCAGGUCGCGCGCCUGGACCAACGCGCGCGCCUGGACCAACGCGCGCGCCUGGACCAACGCGCGCGCCUGGACCAACGCGCGCGCCUGGACCAACGCGCGCGCCUGGACCAACGCGCGCGCCUGGACCAACGCGCGCGCCUGGACCAACGCGCGCGCCUGGACCAACGCGCGCGCCUGGACCAACGCGCGCGCCUGGACCAACGCGCGCGCCUGGACCAACGCGCGCGCCUGGACCAACGCGCGCGCCUGGACCAACGCGCGCGCCUGGACCAACGCGCGCGCCUGGACCAACGCGCGCGCCUGGACCAACGCGCGCGCCUGGACCAACGCGCGCGCCUGGACCAACGCGCGCGCCUGGACCAACGCGCGCGCCUCGACCAGGUCGCGCGCCUCGACCAGGUCGCGCGCCUCGACCAACGCGCGCGCCUCGACCAACGCGCGCGCCUGGACCAACGCGCGCGCCUGGACCAACGCGCGCACCUGGACCAACGCGCGCACCUGGACCAGGUCGCGCGCCUGGACCAGGUCGCGCGCCUGGACCAACGCGCGCGCCUGGACCAACGCGCGCGCCUGGACCAACGCGCGCGCCUGGAUCCAACGCGCGCGCCUGGACCAACGCGCGCGCCUGGACCAACGCGCGCGCCUGGACCAACGCGCGCGCCUGGACCAACGCGCGCGCCUGGACCAACGCGCGCGCCUGGACCAACGCGCGCGCCUGGACCAACGCGCGCGCCUGGACCAACGCGCGCGCCUGGACCAACGCGCGCGCCUGGACCAACGCGCGCGCCUGGACCAACGCGCGCGCCUGGACCAACGCGCGCGCCUGGACCAACGCGCGCGCCUGGACCAACGCGCGCGCCUGGACCAACGCGCGCGCCACGCGCGCGCCUUGACCAACGCGCGCGCCUCGACCAACGCGCGCGCCUCGACCAACGCGCGCGCCUGGACCAACGCGCGCGCCUGGACCAACGCGCGCGCCUGGACCAACGCGCGCGCCUGGACCAACGCGCGCGCCUGGACCAACGCGCGCGCCUGGACCAACGCGCGCGCCUGGACCAACGCGCGCGCCUGGACCAACGCGCGCGCCUGGACCAACGCGCGCGCCUGGACCAGGUCGCGCGCCUGGACCAACGCGCGCGCCUGGACCAACGCGCGCGCCUGGACCAACGCGCGCGCCUGGACCAACGCGCGCGCCUGGACCAACGCGCGCGCCUGGACCAAGUCGCGCGCCUGGACCAAGUCGCGCGCCUGGACCAAGUCGCGCGCCUGGACCAAGUCGCGCGCCUGGACCAACGCGCGCGCCUGGACCAAAGUGCGCGCCUGGACCAACGCGCGCGCCUGGACCAACGCGCGCGCCUGGACCGACGCGCGCGCCUGGACCAACGCGCGCGCCUGGACCAGGUCGCGCGCCUGGACCAGGUCGCGCGCGCCUGGACCAACGCGCGCGCCUGGACCAACGCGCGCGCCUGGACCAACGCGCGCGCCUGGACCAACGCGCGCGCCUGGACCAACGCGCGCGCCUGGACCAACGCGCGCGCGCCUGGACCAACGCGCGCGCCUGGACCAACGCGCGCGCCCGGACCAACGCGCGCGCCCGGACCAACGCGCGCGCCUGGACCAACGCGCGCGCCUGGACCAACGCGCGCGCCGGACCAACGCGCGCGCCUGGACCAACGCGCGCGCCUGGACCAACGCGCGCGCCUGGACCAACGCGCGCGCCUGGACCAACGCGCGCGCCUGGACUAACGCGCGCGCCUGGACCAACGCGCGCGCCUGGACCAACGCGCGCGCCUGGACCAACGCGCGCGCCUGGACCAAGUCGCGCGCCUGGACCAAGUCGCGCGCCUGGACCAAGUCGCGCGCCUGGACCAAGUCGCGCGCCUGGACCAAGUCGCGCGCCUGGACCAACGCGCGCGCCUGGACCAAAGUGCGCGCCUGGACCAACGCGCGCGACUGGACCAAUGCGCGCGCCUGGACCAACGCGCGCGCCUGGACCAUCGCGCGCGCCUGGACCAACGCGCGCGCCUGGACCAACGCGCGCGCGCCUGGACCAACGCGCGCGCGUGGACCAACGCGCGCGCGUGGACCAACGCGCGCGCCUGGACCAACGCGCGCGCCUGGACCAACGCGCGCGCGCCUGGACCAGGUCGCGCGCGCUUGGACCAAUGCGCGCGCCUGGACCAACGCGCGCGCCUGGACCAUCGCGCGCGCCUGGACCAACGCGCGCGCCUGGACCAACGCGCGCGCCUGGACCAACGCGCGCGCCUGGACCAUCGCGCGCGCCUGGACCAACGCGCGCGCCUGGACCAAUGCGCGCGCCUGGACCAACGCGCGCGCCUGGACCAACGCGCGCGCGCCUGGACCAAUGCGCGCGCCUGGACCAACGCGCGCGCCUGGACCAUCGCACGCCUGGACCAACGCGCGCGCCUGGACCAAUGCGCGCGCCUGGACCAACGCGCGCGCCUGGACCAUCGCGCGCGCCUGGACCAACGCGCGCGCGUCGCGCGCGCCUGGACCAACGCGCGCGCCUGGACCAGGUCGCGCGCCUGGACCAAUGCGCGCGCCUGGACCAACGCGCGCGCCUGGACCAACGCGCGCGCCUGGACCAACGCGCGCGCCGGACCAACGCGCGCGCCGGACCAACGCGCGCGCCUGGACCAACGCGCGCGCCUGGACCAACGCGCGCGCCUGGACCAACGCGCGCGCCUGGACCAACGCGCGCGCCUGGACCAACGCGCGCGCCUGGACCAACGCGCGCGCCUGGACCAACGCGCGCGCCUGGACCAACGCGCGCGCCUGGACCAACGCGCGCGCCUGGACCAAGUCGCGCGCCUGGACCAAGUCGCGCGCCUGGACCAAGUCGCGCGCCUGGACCAAGUCGCGCGCCUGGACCAACGCGCGCGCCUGGACCAAAGUGCGCGCCUGGACCAACGCGCGCGCCUGGACCAACGCGCGCGCCUGGACCAACGCGCGCGCCUGGACCAACGCGCGCGCCUGGACCAACGCGCGCGCCUGGACCAACUCGCGCGCCUUGACCAACGCGCGCGCCUGGACCAACGCGCGCGCCUGGACUAACGCGCGCGCCUGGACCAAGUCGCGCGCCUGGACCAACGCGCGCGCCUGGACCAACGCGCGCGCCUGGACCAACGCGCGCGCCUGGACCAACGGGCGCGCCUGGACCAACGGGCGCGCCUGGACCAACGCGCGCGCCUGGACCAACGCGCGCGCCUGGACCAACGCGCGCGCCUGGACCAACGCGCGCGCCUGGACCAACGCGCGCCGCCUGGACCAACGCGCGCCGCCUGGACCAACGCGCGCGCUUGGACCAACGCGCGCGCCUGGACCAAACGCGCGCGCCUGGACCAACGAGCGCGCCUGGACCAACGCGCGCGCCUGGACCAACGCGCGCGCCUGGACCAACGCGCGCGCCUGGACCAGGUCGCGCGCCUGGACCAGGUCGCGCGCCUGGACCAACGCGCGCGCCUGGACCAACGCGCGCGCCUGGACCAACGCGCGCGCCUGGACCAACGCGCGCGCCUGGACCAACGCGCGCGCCUGGACCAACGCGCGCGCCUGGACCAACGCGCGCGCCUGGACCAACGCGCGCGCCUGGACCAACGCGCGCGCCUCGACCAGGUCGCGCGCCUCGACCAACGCGCGCGCCUCGACCAACGCGCGCGCCUCGACCAACGCGCGCGCCUGGACCAACGCGCGCGCCUGGACCAACGCGCGCGCCUGGACCAACGCGCGCGCCUGGACCAACGCGCGCGCCUGGACCAACGCGCGCGCCUGGACCAACGCGCGCGCCUGGACCGACGCGCGCGCGUGGACCGACGCGCGCGCCUGGACCAACGCGCGCGCCUGGACCAGGUCGCGCGCCUGGACCAGGUCGCGCGCGCCUGGACCAACGCGCGCGCCUGGACCAACGCGCGCGCCUGGACCAACGCGCGCGCCUGGACCAACGCGCGCGCCUCGACCAGGUCGCGCGCCUCGACCAACGCGCGCGCCUGGACCAACGCGCGCGCCUGGACCAACGCACGCGCCUGGACCAACGCGCGCGCGCCUGGACCAACGCGCGCGCCUGGACCAACGCGCGCGCCUGGACCAACGCGCGCGCCUGGACCAACGCGCGCGCCUGGACCAACGCGCGCGCCUGGACCAACGCGCGCGCCUGGACCAGGUCGCGCGCCUGGACCAGGUCGCGCGCCUGGACCAACGCGCGCGCCUGGACCAACGCGCGCGCCUGGACCAAGUCGCGCGCCUGGACCAACGCGCGCGCCUGGACCAACGCGCGCGCCUGGACCAACGCGCGCGCCUGGACCAACGCGCGCGCCUACACCAACGCGCGCGCCUGGACCAACGCGCGCGCCUGGACCAACGCGCGCGCCUGGACCAACGCGCUCGCCUGGACCAAUGCGCGCGCCUCGACCAGGUCGCGCGCCUCGACCAACGCGCGCGCCUCGACCAACGCGCGCGCCUGGACCAACGCGCGCGCCUGGACCAACGCGCGCCGCCUGGACCAACGCGCGCGCCAGGACCAACGCGCGCGCCUGGACCAACGCGCGCCGCCUGGACCAACGCGCGCCGCCUGGACCAACGCGCGCCGCCUGGACCAACGCGCGCGCCUGGACCAACGCGCGCGCCUGGACCAACGCGCGUGCCUGGACCAACGCGCGCGCCUGGACCAUCGCGCGCGCCUGGACCAACGCGCGCGCCUGGACCAACGCGCGCGCCUGGACCAACGCGCGCGCCUGGACCAACGCGCGCGCCUGGACCAACGCGCGCGCCUGGACCAUCGCGCGCGCCUGGACCAACGCGCGCGCCUGGACCAACGCGCGCGCGCCUGGACCAACGCGCGCGCGUGGACCAACGCGCGCGCCUGGACCAACGCGCGCGCCUGGACCAACGCGCGCGCGCCUGGACCAGGUCGCGCGCGCCUGGACCAACGCGCGCGCCUGGACCAGGUCGCGCGCCUGGACCAAUGCGCGCGCCUGGACCAACGCGCGCGCCUGGACCAACGCGCGCGCCUGGACCAACGCGCGCGCCGGACCAACGCGCGCGCCGGACCAACGCGCGCGCCUGGACCAACGCGCGCGCCUGGACCAACGCGCGCGCCUGGACCAACGCGCGCGCCUGGACCAACGCGCGCGCCUGGACCAACGCGCGCGCCUGGACCAACGCGCGCGCCUGGACCAGGUCGCGCGCCUGGACCAACGCGCGCGCCUGGACCAACGCGCGCGCCUGGACCAACGCGCGCGCCUGGACCAACGCGCGCGCCUGGACCAACGCGCGCGCCUGGACCAAGUCGCGCGCCUGGACCAAGUCGCGCGCCUGGACCAACGCGCGCGCCUGGACCAACGCGCGCGCCUGGACCAACGCGCGCGCCUGGACCAACGCGCGCGCCUGGACCAACGCGCGCGCCUGGACCAACGCGCGCGCCUGGACCAACUCGCGCGCCUGGACCAACUCGCGCGCCUUGACCAACGCGCGCGCCUGGACCAACGCGCGCGCCGGGAAUAACGCGCGCGCCUGGACCAAGUCGCGCGCCUGGACCAACGCGCGCGCCUGGACCAACGCGCGCGCCUGGACCAACGCGCGCGCCUGGACCAACGCGCGCGCCUGGACCAACGCGCGCACCUGGACCAACGCGCGCGCCUGGACCAACGGGCGCGCCUGGACCAACGGGCGCGCCUGGACCAACGCCCGCGCCUGGACCAACGCGCGCGCCUGGACCAACGCCCGCGCCUGGACCAAAGCGCGCCGCCUGGACCAACGCGCGCCGCCUGGACCAACGCGCGCGCCUGGACCAACGCGCGCGCCUGGACCAACGCGCGCGCCUGGACCAACGCGCGCGCCUGGACCAUCGCGCGCGCCUGGACCAACGCGCGCGUCUGGACCAACGCGCGCGCCUGGACCAACGCGCGCGCCUGGACCAACGCGCGCGCCUGGACCAACCCGCGCGCCUGGACCAACGCGCGCGCCUGGACCAGGUCGUGCGCCUGGACCAACGCGCGCGCCUGUACCAACGCGCGCGCCUGGACCAACGCGCGCGCCUGGACCAUCGCGCGCGCCUGGACCAACGCGCGCGCCUGGACCAACGCGCGCGCCUGGACCAACGCGCGCGCGCCUGGACCAACGCGCGCGCCUGGACCAGACCAACGCGCGCGCCUGGACCAACGCGCGCCGCCUGGACCAACGCGCGCCGCCUGGACCAACGCGCGCGCUUGGACCAACGCGCGCGCCUGGACCAACGCGCGCGCCUGGACCAACGAGCGCGCCUGGACCAACGCGCGCGCCUGGACCAACGCGCGCGCCUGGACCAACGCGCGCGCCUGGACCAACGCGCGCGCCUGGACCAACGCGCGCGCCAAAGCAACGCGCGCGCCGGACCAAUGCGCGCACCUGGACCAACGCGCGCGCCUGGACCAACGCGCGCGCCUGGACCAACGCGCGCGCCUACACCAACGCGCGCGCCUACACCAACGCGCGCGCCUGGACCAGGUCGCGCGCCUGGACCAGGUCGCGCGCCUGGACCAACGCGCGCGCCUGGACCAACGCGCGCGCCUGGACCAACGCGCGCGCCUGGACCAAGUCGCGCGCCUGGACCAACGCGCGCGCCUGGACCAACGCGCGCGCCUGGACCAACGCGCGCGCCUGGACCAACGCGCGCGCCUGGACCAACGCGCGCGCCUGGACCAACGCGCGCGGCCUGGACCAACGCGCGCGCCUGGACCAACGGGCGCGCCUGGACCAACGGGCGCGCCUGGACCAACGCGCGCGCCUGGACCAACGCGCGCGCCUGGACCAACGCGCGCGCCUGGACCAAAGCGCGCCGCCUGGACCAACGCGCGCCGCCUGGACCAACGCGCGCGCCUGGACCAACGCGCGCGCCUGGACCAACGCGCGCGCCUGGACCAACGCGCGCGCCUGGACCAACGCGCGCGCCUGGACCAACGCGCGCGCCUGGACCAACGCGCGCGCCUGGACCAACGCGCGCGCCUGGACCAACCCGCGCGCCUGGACCAACGCGCGCGCCUGGACCAGGUCGUGCGCCUGGACCAACGCGCGCGCCUGGACCAACGCGCGCGCCUGGACCAACGCGCGCGCCUGGACCAACGCGCGCGCCUGGACCAACGCGCGCGCCUGGACCAACGCGCGCGCCUGGACCAACGCGCGCGCCUGGACCAACGCGCGCGCGUGGACCAACGCGCGCGCCUGGACCAACGCGCGCGCCUGGACCAACGCGCGCGCGCCUGGAUCAGGUCGCGCGCCUGGACCAAUGCGCGCGCCUGGACCAACGCGCGCGCCUGGACCAACGCGCGCGCCUGGACCAACGCGCGCGCCGGACCAACGCGCGCGCCUGGACCAACGCGCGCGCCUGGACCAACGCGCGCGCCUGGACCAACGCGCGCGCCUGGACCAACGCGCGCGCCUGGACCAACGCGCGCGCCUGGACCAACGCGCGCGCCUGGACCAACGCGCGCGCCUGGACCAAGUCGCGCGCCUGGACCAAGUCGCGCGCCUGGACCAAGUCGCGCGCCUGGACCAAGUCGCGCGCCUGGACCAAGUCGCGCCCCUGGACCAAGUCGCGCGCCUAGACCAACGCGCGCGCCUGGACCAAGUCGCGCGCCUGGACCAACGCGCGCGCCUGGACCAGGUCGUGCGCCUGGACCAACGCGCGCGCCUGGACCAACGCGCGCGCCUGGACCAACGCGCGCGCUUGGACCAUCGCGCGCGCCUGGACCAACGCGCGCGCCUGGACCAACGCGCGCGCGCCUGGACCAACGCGCGCGCGUGGACCAACGCGCGCGCGUGGACCAACGCGCGCGCCUGGACCAACGCGCGCGCGCCUGGACCAACGCGCGCGCCUGGACCAGGUCGCGCGCCUGGACCAAUGCGCGCGCCUGGACCAACGCGCGCGCCUGGACCAACGCGCGCGCCUGGACCAACGCGCGCGCCGGACCAACGCGCGCGCCGGACCAACGCGCGCGCCUGGACCAACGCGCGCGCCUGGACCAACGCGCGCGCCUGGACCAACGCGCGCGCCUGGACCAACGCGCGCGCCUGGACCAACGCGCGCGCCUGGACCAACGCGCGCGCCUGGACCAACGCGCGCGCCUGGACCAACGCGCGCGCCUGGACCAAGUCGCGCGCCUGGACCAAGUCGCGCGCCUGGACCAAGUCGCGCGCCUGGACCAACGCGCGCGCCUGGACCAAAGUGCGCGCCUGGACCAACGCGCGCGCCUGGACCAACGCGCGCGCCUGGACCAACGCGCGCGCCUGGACCAACGCGCGCGCCUGGACCAGGUCGCGCGCCUGGACCAACUCGCGCGCCUUGACCAACGCGCGCGCCUGGACCAACGCGCGCGCCUGGACUGACGCGCGCGCCUGGACCAACGCGCGCGCCUGGACCAACGCGCGCGCCUGGACCAACGCGCGCGCCUGGACCAACGGGCGCGCCUGGACCAACGGGCGCGCCUGGACCAACGCGCGCGCCUGGACCAACGCGCGCGCCUGGACCAACGCGCGCGCCUGGACCAACGCGCGCCGCCUGGACCAACGCGCGCCGCCUGGACCAACGCGCGCGCUUGGACCAACGCGCGCGCCUGGACCAACGAGCGCGCCUGGACCAACGCGCGCGCCUGGACCAACGCGCGCGCCUGGACCAACGCGCGCGCCUGGACCAACGCGCGCGCCUGGACCAACGCGCGCGCCUGGACCAACGCGCGCGCCAAAGCAACGCGCGCGCCGGACCAACGCGCGCGCCUGGACCAACGCGCGCGCCUGGACCAACGCGCGCGCCUGGACCAACGCGCGCGCCUACACCAAUGCGCGCGCCUGGACCAAGGCGCGCGCCUGGACCAGGUCGCGCGCCUGGACCAGGUCGCGCGCCUGGACCAACGCGCGCGCCUGGACCAACGCGCGCGCCUGGACCAACGCGCGCGCCUGGACCAACGCGCGCGCCUGGACCAACGCGCGCGCCUGGACCAACGCGCGCCUCUGGACCAAAGCGCGCGCCUGGACCAACGCGCGCGCCUGGACCAACGCGCGCCCAGGACCAACGCGCGCCCCCGGACCAACGCGCGCGCCCGGACCAACGCGCGCGCCCGGACCAACGCGCGCGCCCGGACCAACGCGCGCGCCCGGACCAACGCGCGCGCCCGGACCAACGCGCGCGCCCGGACCAACGCGCGCGCCCGGACCAACGCGCGCGCCCGGACCAACGCGCGCGCCCGGACCAAGGCGCGCGCCAAGACCAACGCGCGCGCCCGGACCAACUCGCGCGCCCGGACCAACGCGCGCGCCCGGACCAACGCGCGCGCCCAGACCAACGCGCGCGCCCGGAUCAAGGCGCGCGCCCGGACCAACGCGCGCCCCCGGACCAACGCGCGCGCCCGGACCAACGCGCGCGCCCGGACCAACGCGCGCGCCCGGACCAACGCGCGCGCCCGGACCAACGCGCGCGCCCGGACCAACGCGCGCGCCCGGACCAACGCGCGCGCCCGGACCAACGCGCGCGCCCGGACCAAGGCGCGCGCCAAGACCAACGCGCGCGCCCGGACCAACUCGCGCGCCCGGACCAACGCGCGCGCCCGGACCAACGCGCGCGCCCAGACCAACGCGCGCGCCCGGAUCAAGGCGCGCGCCCGGACCAACGCGCGCGCCCGGACCAGCGCGCACGCGGACCAAGGCGCGCGCCCGGACCAAGGCGCGCGCCCAGACCAACGCGCGCGCCCGGACCAACGCACUCGCGCGGACCAACGCGCGCGCCCGGACCAAGGCACGCGCCCGGACCAACGCGCUCGCCCGGACCAACGCGCACUCCCGGACCAACGCGCGCUCCCGGACCAAGGCGCGCUCCCGGACCAAGGCGCGAGCCCGCGUCUUCCCUCUCAACCCUGCAGCCCUCUCCCCGUGCAUCCUCCCUGCAGGCGGGCUGCUACUGGGGCGAACGGUGGCGCUGUUGGGGGCGAUGGCGGUGGGGACGAGCAUGGCGGCGAGGCAGGGGGCGGUGCCCAUGGCGGCACACCAGCUCGCAUUGCAGCUCUGCCUCGCCGCCUCCCUGCUCUCUGACUCUGUUGCACUUGCUGCGCAGGGCAUGUGUGAUGGCAUGUGUGAUGGCAUGUGUGAUGGCAUGUGUGAUGGCAUGUGUGAUGGCAUGUGUGAUGGCAUGUGUGAUGGGAUGUGUGAUGGCAUGUGUGAUGGCAUGUGUGAUGGCAUGUGUGAUGGCAUGUGUGAUGGCAUGUGUGAUGGCAUGUGUGAUGGCAUGUGUGACGGCAUGUGUGACGGCAUGUGUGAUGGCAUGUGUGAUGGCAUGUGUGAUGGCAUGUGUGAUGGCAUGUGUGAUGGCAUGUGUGAUGGCAUGUGUGAUGGCAUGUGUGAUGGCAUGUGUGAUGGCAUGUGUGAUGGCAUGUGUGAUGGCAUGUGUGAUGGCAUGUGUGAUGGCAUGUGUGAUGGCAUGUGUGAUGGCAUGUGUGAUGGCAUGUGUGAUGGCAUGUGUGAUGGCAUGUGUGGCGCCAUGUCGCAGCUGCUGCCAGCGCUCUUCACCUCGGAUGACCGUGUGCUGCUGCAGGCUGUCGCCCUCAUGCCCUUCGCAGCGGCGAUGCAGCCCCUGGCGAGCAUGGCGUUUGUGUGUGACGGGCUGCACUACGGCGCCACCGACUUCGCCUUCGCUGCCCUCGCCAUGAUGGUGCUGGCGCCAGCAGCAGCAGCGGUGCUGGUGUAUGCACCGAGCGAGUGGGGCGUGGAGGGUGUGUGGAUCGGCCUCUCUCUCCUCAUGGCUGCCCGCAUGUUUGCCGGCUUCCUCAGUGAGCUCGGAUUGUUCGGGUCGGAGGUAUCUGGGAUGGCGGAGGCGGGAAGUGCCACCGCACGAUCGCCGGCGGAAGAGGCGGGAGUGGAGUCCGACAUGGCGCGACUCGCGGUGGCGGAUGCGACAGACGGGAAGCCCGCAGGCGGCGGUGCUGACGUGGACGAGUUGGAUGACGUGGAGCAAACAGAGGUGGUUCUGUUCCACCUGAAGGAGUGCUACGUGUACAAGGUGCGCACCGUCACCCAUCCUCCUUCCCGCUUCCGCGCAUUUCUGAUUCGUGCGGUGGCUAUGCGCUCAGGCGAGUCGCGAGCAUGCGGCACCGCAUGGCGUAAUAUUCCCCCACGCAAGACAGCAGCGUCGUACAGGGCGGACGAGUGGGACAUAAACAGGUGGGCGUGGGAGGGAGCCAUAAGCGUGGUGUCACGCGGCGACCACUGCAGCAUCCGCCUGCUGGACGCCGCCACGGGGGACCUCUUCGCGCGUGCGCCCGUGCGCCCCAACCACCCCCUGCCCCUGGAGGCCGUCAUCGACAGCAGCCGCUUCUUCGUGCUGCGCAUCGAAGACUCCUCUCCGCCCCCGCCCUCCGCCUCUGCAUCCUCUGCAUCCUCUAGCAAGGCUGGGAAGCCCGCUGCUGCGGCGGCACCGGUGGUGCGGCAUGCGUUCAUAGGGCUGGGGUUCCGGGAGCGCACGGCAGCGUAUGACUUCCAGGCGGCGGUGUACGACCAUGUGAAGUACGUGUGCAAGCAGCAGGAGGCGCGGCGCAUGGGACAGACUUAUGACUCGCGCCCUGCCGCUGACUACCGGCUUAAAGAGGGGCAGAAGCUGCACCUCGACCUCAAAACGCCGGCACGGGCGAAGCCGAGCACAGCAGGGCUGCCGCUGUCGCCCACCACACCGGGCAACGUGGCCUUCAAGGCGCCCUCCCUCACUGCUGCUGGCCCCGACACCCCCUUCCCCAUGCGCCAAGCCUCGGGGGACCAUGCUGCUGCUGACUCCUCCCCACCGCAUGCCACCGCAGCUGCCACCACCGCUGCUGCCUCGCCUCCCAUCCUCCCUCCCCCGCCCCCGGCGCGCCUCUCCUCGCCUCCCUCCGCGUCCCCCUCCUCCCCCCCCUCCACAUCCUUCUCGGCGCGCUCCUUCCCCCCUGCCGCCCCCUCCCCCUCCAUCGCGUGGGCGUUCCAAUCCGACGACCCCCCUGCCUCUGUCACCUCCGUACCCCAAUCCGUCAUGCCUGCAACCUCUGGUGGCAGUGAGGGCGGUGGCAGUGCGGCAGCAGCGGGGGAGGACACAGAUGACUUUGGGGAGUUUGUGGCUGCGUGA